AUGGGUGAGGAUGUGGCUGCCUGGGGAAAGGAAGAGGGUCAAGCCUUGGAAAGUCCAGACUUCCAUGGCGGCCAGAGCAAGAUGGACGAGAUCCGAGGGAAAGACCGCGUGAUUCUGGCCUUGGAGAAGGAACUCGGCGUGCAGACUGGUCAGACCCAGAAACUACUUCUUCAGAAGGAGGCGUUGGAUGAGCAGCUGGUCCAGGUCAAAGAGGCCGAGCGGUACCACAGCAGUCCGAAGAGAGAGCUCCCGCCUGGUAUCGGGGACAUGGCAGAACUCAUGGGCAGCCAGGACCAACACAUGGAGGAGCGGGACGUGCGGCGGUUCCAGCUAAAAAUUGCCGAACUGAACUCGGUGAUACGGAAGCUGGAGGACAGGAAUACCCUCUUGGCGGACGAGAGGAAUGAGCUGCUGAAACGCUCCCGGGAGACCGAGGUCCAGCUGAAGCCCCUCGUGGAGAAGAACAAGCGGAUGAACAAGAAGAAUGAGGAUUUGCUGCAGAGCAUCCAGAGGAUGGAGGAGAAAAUCAAGAACCUCACGAGGGAAAAUGUGGAGAUGAAGGAGAAGCUGUCGGCGCAGGCGUCCCUGAAGCGGCACACAUCCCUGAACGACCUCAGCCUGACGCGGGACGAGCAGGAGAUCGAGUUCCUGCGGCUGCAGGUCCUGGAGCAGCAGCACGUCAUCGACGACCUCUCCCUGGAGAGGGAACGGCUCCUGCGCUCCAGACGACAUCGCGGGAAAAGCCUGAAGCCACCCAAGCUACAUGACUCCAACCUCUGCUCUGGUUAUCGGAGGCCGUUCGCCCAGGGCAUUGCUGACUUCCUAUAA